UGAAAAUAUAUCCAUUAGUAAUGAUUUUUGCGAUAUAUAAAUAUUCGAAUAAUAUAUUUCUUAAAAUUAUUAUCUGAAAAGAAUUUAUUAUAUGCUUUUAUAUGACGGUGGUGGUCGAUGCAGAUCGAUGCUUGUCGAUCGAUAAUUACUAAAUAAAAUAAAAAUUAAAUGCAGCCAAUUAAUACUUGUAAUGGAAUAUAUACAAUGUAAAAAAUUAUAUAUAUUACAUCGAAAGUAAUAUCGAUUGUCCAGGUCUCACCACGUGGAGGCUACUGCAUGCAGAGACCCUCUUAUUUAUAACAAAAUAUUAAAUAUUCAAAAAGAAAACAAAUUUAAAAGUAUUAAUUAUUUUUUUGGCAUUAAAAUGUUACCACAUCGUAGUAACCUUUUGAUGAAAUAACCUUUUAUUGAAAUUUUAAUUUUGUUUAGAAGUUAAAUACUCUAAAGUUUAUUAUUAAAGUUAAUUAUAUAUAAAGUUAUUUAUUUGAGAUGUAUUAUUAAAAUCAUUUAAUGUUUCGAAACAAUUUCGUGAUGUCAUAUCGAAGAAUUUCUAGUUCUUUCAUUUUUUACGUUAUUUAUUUUUCAUAAGUUACUAUGUGCUUCAAUUUCAAAACAGUAAUUCACUAUUAAAAACGCGGGCAGAUGAACGGAAGCAUUAUCAAUUUCUUUUCAUUUGUUUGUAUGUUUUUUUGCGAAUUAAUUGUAAUUGAUUGUAAUUCAUAAAAAUGUCACAAGUUCGUAGUUUUUUAAAUGAAAGUAUAUCUCAUAUCGAUGAAACUAAAAAAAAAACAAAUCGUUCAAAAAAAAUAAAUAAUAUCGUGCCUCUUAUGAUAUGUCAUAUAAUUAAUUUGAAAGAUCAGUCAGACGAAUUAUCAUUGUGGGGUUUACCUGUAUCUAUCAUCACAAUUGUGGGUAUAGUACGUCAUGCUGAACGAGAUUCGACAAAAGUUAUUUAUGAUAUUGAAGAUGAAACAGGCACCGUGACAGCAUUAAGCUGGGUAGAUUCUAAUAGACAAUUAGUCAAUCCAUUUUUAUUAAAAGUCAAUGUUUAUGUUCGUGUAUAUGGCACAAUUCGUUAUUAUAAUGGUAAACAGCAUAUUUUGGUUAUCAGUAUUGUACCUAUAGAAGAUUUAAAUGAAUUAACUAAUCACAUACUUGAAGUCACAUAUAUUACAUUAAAAACUCAAGAAAUGGCAGGAAUAGAUACAAAAGUAUCAAAAGCUGAAAGAAAUGUUGAAAGUAAUACAUGCAAUAAUAUGGAUCCAAACCAGUCUGCAAUUUUUAACAUUAUUCUGGCUGGAUGUGAUACCGACUGUGGCAUUGGAAGAGCAAUAAUUAAAGAAUGUGCACCACAUCAUUUAAAAUCACAAGUAGAUACAAUAUUAGAAUUUCUUAUUAAUGAAGGACAUAUCUAUACUACACUUACAAAUGAUCACUUUAAAACUACAUAAGUUUUACAUGUAUUUAUAUUGUAUUAUUUAUAAUUCUAUUAUAUUACAUAAUUUCUUGUUUAUGCAAUUUACAUAAUUUUUAUAUAAAGUGUUACCAUUUUCAUAUUUUUCAACGUUAAU